AUGCGAACGGAACAUGACAGUAUGCGAAUAAUCCGCUGUAUUGCUGUUCUACUUAGCUCCGUAACAAUGGUGACCUCAAUUGCUCUGAUCGGGUUCGGUAUUCGGACAAUGAUUGAGAUGACGUACAUCGCGGACGUGAUCGGAACCCGCCAGCUUACCACUGCCGCACUGUUCAUGCUCUCCUUGGGAACGUGCACAUUUGCGUCCACUCCGCUAGGCCUUUUCUCGGUGAUCACUAAGCAGAACACAUUAAUGUUAGCGUACAUGAUGUUGAUAUUUUUCGUGUCGCUGCUCAGCGUUGUAUGUGGAUGGUUAGGCUUCAGUUUGAAUAAAGAGGUGAAUUCCGGUGUCAUUUUGCAAUGGAUGAACAACAGCUUUUUGAAUGAGUAUGGUAAUCCGGAAGCAAUUUCCUUGACAAAUGCCUGGGAUGAAAUGCAGAGAAAGUAUGCCUGCUGUGGAAUCACGGAUGAGCAAAAUUCAGCGGAAUGGUUGGCAACACAGUGGUUCAUCGCUUAUGAGACCUGGCCAAGACCACGAGUUCCGAAAAGUUGUUGUGCAACCUGCGAAACAGUUCACUCAAGGUUUUGCAACUCGUUCCUUACGGAUUUUUCUGAGGACGGUGUUCUUAGUGACGAUCAAAGGGCUUGUGUCGCAGCAAGCUACAUGUGUUCGGAAGUUAAUGAUAGUCUUGCGAACGAAGAUGCGUGUCAAGGACGAAGCAGCAUUAGUAGUCCUAAAGAGACGUAUAUGCACGUUAAGGGAUGCUACAAAACACUGAGGCAAGAAUUGGUCACGCAUAUCAAUUGCAUCAUUUGUGCAUGUUUGUUUAUGUUUACUAUUGCCAUUUUGAGCACAUGUUUUUGGUUUAUUCUGCAUGAGUUCUCAUUGAAUUCGCAAAACUAUCGUCUUGUGCUUCUUCCUUCUAAUUAG